UUGCUGUACAGUAUAAAUACUACAGUGUAUAUAUACUACAGUACCUGCUGUACAGUAUACAUACGACAGUAUAAAUACUACAGUAGUUGCUGUACAGUAUACAUACUACAGUAUAAAUACUACAGUACCUGCUGUACAGUGUACCUGUCCGUCUCUCAGGUGAGUAACGGCGUGGCCAUCGUUCGUCCUCCUGGUCAUCACGCAGAGAGAGAUUCUCCGUGCGGUUUCUGUUUCUUCAACACGGCAGCUCUCGCUGCUCGCCACGCCCAGGAAAUAUCCCAUGAUGCACCUCUGCGAGUCCUCAUCCUGGACUGGGACGUUCACCACGGCAACGGGACGCAGCACAUGUUCGAGGAUGACGACAGCGUCCUAUACAUCUCCCUCCAUCGCUAUGACAACGGGACGUUCUUCCCGUCUUCGGAAGACGCCGCCCCCGACAGGGUGGGCGUUUCCAAGGGGGCGGGGUUUAACGUCAACGUGGCGUGGAGCGGCGGGCGGAUGGGAGACUCGGACUACCUUGCUGCUUUUCACAGUGUGGUCAUGCCGAUCGCCACCGAGUUUAACCCGGGUCUGGUUCUGGUGUCGGCCGGUUUCGAUGCAGCUCGAGGAGAUCCACUGGGUGGAUAUCAUGUGACCCCUGAGGGAUACGCCCACCUCACACACCUGCUGAUGUCACUGGCUGGGGGGCGGAUCCUACUCAUACUGGAGGGAGGUUAUAACCUGUCGUCCAUCUCUGACUCCAUGGCGAUGUGCACCAGUGUGUUGCUAGGAGACCCUCCUCCCUCCUUAGUGACUCCCCCCCCCCCUCCUCAUCACAGUGCCAUAGUAACGAUCAACGAGGUCAUCCGACACCACGCCCCCUACUGGAUGUCGCUGAGGAUAAGCAUCUCAGAGUCGCUGCGAUCGUCCCUGCCGGCCCUGAAGCAUCGUGAGAAACGUAGUUCUAAAGGAAAGGGCAGGAAGUCAGACACAAGCAACACAAACAAACCUCCGCUGCCCUCUGCAGGCCUGGAGGACUUCACGACGGAGACCAGCCUCGAGCAGCUCACUCAGGGAUUGGCCGGUUUGGACAUCAGUCAAACCUCAGCCGAUCACACUCCUGCUACAUCCAACGAGGUUGGCGGGGCCAGACCGAAGGUCCGCCUCGGCGAAGAGGAGGUCACGUGUAAAGGGACACCUGAGCAGAGCCAAUCAGCAGAGAGCACACUGCUGCAGCCUCAGGCUGUUGCCGUGGCAGUACCAGAGUCAGUUGCCCCUGGUGAUGAGGCUGCUGUUGGAGCGGGGGCGGAGCCAGAGACAGAGGGAGCAUGUGGUUGGUCAAAACCUGAGACGUCUCUGGAGCUGAUGUGUGGAGGACAGACAGAUACCCCUCUGUACGUGGUUGACCCUCUGUCCUGGUGUCCUCACCUGGAUGCUGUUAAGCCCCUACCCCCCUCAGGUAUAGAUGUCUUCCAGUCGUGUCAGGACUGCGGCUCCGGCGCUGAGAACUGGACCUGUCUCACCUGCUACCAGGUGUUGUGUGGUCGUUAUGUAAAUGAGCACAUGGUGACUCACGGCGUUGUGUCUGAACACCCGAUGGUUCUGAGCUUCUGUGACCUGUCUGUGUGGUGCUACCUCUGUGAAUCCUACGUCCACCACCAGAUUCUGUUAGAAGCUAAAAAUGCUGCUCACUGCUCCAAGUUUGGAGAAGAGAUCCCUCCAUGGAGCUGAGAGGAGGAGGAGAUGAAGAGGAGGACACAGUAUACAAUACACAUUAAACAAUGUAUUCAUGAUGAAAUAUGACGUGAUUGAGGAGAAAGUUAAAACAUAAAACAUGAAUAAUCCAGUUUAUUAGUUUGUAAAGUUUCUGAGCUCUAAACAUUUUAGAUUCAACAUCAACUUUAUUUCAACUGUUUCAAUUCAAACGUACACUUUAGAUUUCUGCUGUUUCUUCACUUCAGGGAUGAAAUAGUGUCCACAGACUGUUGCAUUGUGGGAAAUGGUAGACGAGGUGAAAUGGUCUGGUUCAUUCUGGAGAUUAUUUAAAUCAAUACGACAAAGUGAUGAUUUAUACUACGUGUGUACUCUGUGUAUACUACAUGUAGUAUACACAUUAUGUGUACAUGUAUACUACAUGUACACAUACCACA